UUCGAGUACAACAACCUCCGUUCGGGCAAAUUGUCCGGCUCCCUGGGUGUUUCCGGUUCGUCAGACCCACCGGGCGGCCGUUGGGAACCGUUUAACGGGGAUCGCGCCGGGGCUAUAUCUCUGAUUUCUGAUGGGGUCUCCGCUUUGUACCCCUGCCUCCCUGGCGACGGGUCGGGGUUACGCUUCCUAAGGCAAGUCCGAGGUCCACUUUGUGAGCUGGUGGUGCGUGGAUGGAGGCCACGGGAAGUGCGAGCAUUUUGGAGAUGUGAGAAAUAGGAAGAGAUUGGUGAUAUUGAGCAGCCUGUGCAUUGCCACGACCUUUUGACCUCAUCUUCAGCAUGAAUGGUGAUAUGCCUCAUGUUCCCAUCACUACUCUUGCUGGAAUUGCUAGCCUGACAGACUUGUUGAACCAGCUGCCCUUGCCGUCUCCUCUCCCUGCCACCACUGCUAAGAGUCUGCUCUACAAUGGAAGGAUCUCUGAAGAGGUCAGCAACCUGCUGGUGUGUCGGGACGAAAAUCUGGUGACUCAACUGGCACACAGCCUUAACCAAGUGUCCACUGAACACAUAGAGUUGAAGGACAACUUGGGGAACGAUGAACCUGAGGGUGACAUGCCAAUGCUUCUACAAACUCUGCUGUCCUUAAACCCCAAAAUCUUCAGGGACAAAAGUGUAAUGCAGCAGCCAAUGUUGCAACAGUAUAAACUAUCUCAAAAUCAGGUGCAUGGGAGCCCAGGAUCAAACUAUCAGCAAACCUCUGUCCCCCAAAGCCCGUCUGGAUGUUUUGCCUCCCCACAGUCUGGAUCAAGUGCUCGGUUCUUACCCCAGCAGAACAGCCCUAUACCCAGUCCUUAUACCCCUCAGAGUCCUGCAGACUACAUGCAGUACAAUCCCCCCAGUUACUCUCAGCACCAACAGACACAGCAGGUUAGAAAUAUCCAUGACGACAAGGUCUCAGGUCAGCUAUCAAGCACUUCAUCCAAUCAUAAUGCGAGGCUAGGCUCAGAUGAAGACUACAUCAACAUGGCUCACAGACUGGGAGAUGAGGAGAACGACCCCUCCAUGAGGGCUGCCACGUUUCCAGUUAAAUCACCCGAGUCUUUGUGUUCCCCUGCUGGGAGUGAGGAGGCCGCAAAAACAGGGUCCAGGCCUCCCCUUAUCAUGCAGUCCCCUCCACCUGAUAUGCCACCAGUUGCAGCACCUGACUUGCACCUUACCUCUGCUGACCGCAAAAAAAAGCAGAAAGAAAGGAGUAAAGAAGAAAAUGAGCUGACAGACAAAAAUGCCUCGUAUGGCAUUGUUAGUUCUCCAGCAAAAGAGUCCGCCAGGCUGACUAUUAAACUGUCGCGGGUCAAGCUUGCCGACUCGGAUCAAUCUGGAGAGCUGCCUCAGAGGCCACUUCUUGAUUCAGAACAUGAAACUGACUUGACGAAUAAUAGUAAUACUCCGAUGUCAAGGACUGCCCAGGACCCGUCACACAGGUUCGUGGCCGAGGAGCAGGCGAACUGUAAGCCAGUUCCUGUUCGGCCAAAUAGCAAGGAGUCCGGAGUCGUCAGUGGGGUUGUGUUUGAUGAUGCCGAGAUAGACACACUGGCAGAGAUCGAGAGAAUAGAACGCGAGUCGGCCAGUGAAAAAGAGAGAUGGUCUAAAGAAGUCCAGGAUAAAGAUAAGCCACUGAAGAAACGGAAGCAAGACACGUAUCCUCAGGAACCUGGAGGCGAUUCAGGGGACGGGCCUACGGUACAAGGAGGCAACACUGAUAGCAAGUUGAGAUCCAAGAAGACAAAUGCUGCAAGUAACGGGGCCAGUCGACCUGCCUUGAUGGUCAGUAUUGAUCUGCAGCAAGCUGGCAGAAUCAAGGGACAGCCUGUGGUGGUCCUGGAAGCACAGACGUUUUGUGAGGACCACCUGCGGCACCUAAAGACAAAGCCCGAUGGAAAGGUAGACAAAGUUGCAGCAAACAGACCUGGGAUCAUCAAACAGAAUGCAGACAACCCCAGGAAGUCCUGCUCGGACAGGCAACCAGAAGCCCUGAAACAGAAGCCGGAAAGCCAACGCGAAUCCAAACACAAGCAUGAGGGCAAAACCGGCAGUGGCAAGAAACACUCGGAAGACCGACGGCUAGACACACCGCGACCGAAGCAUGACAAGCACUCAGAGCAGCGCAGCAAAGAGGAAAAGAACCACAACAUUCACCGACCCCAUAUCAGUAACCCCGAAACUCCGAAAACCGCGAGCAAGGCAGAGCGCAACUCCAAACACGGUGAUGGCAAAGCCAGGGACCGAGAGAGAGACAAGAACAAAGAGAAAGAGAGAGACCGAGAUAAAGACAAAGUUGUGGAUAGAGAUGACAGGGAUAAGGACAGAGAGAAAGAGAAGGAUAGGGUUAAGGACAAAGAUAGAGACUACGAUAAAGAUAAGGACAAGAUUGGAGAUAAGAACAGGGAAAAGGUUCGAGAUAGGGAAGGAGAUAAAGAAAAACAAGAGAAAAACAAAACAAGGGAUAGGGACAAAGACAGGAAGCACAAGACGUCAAGGGAAAACUGCAGCAGACCCUCUCCUGACAGGCCUACGAAGCCCGACAGCCCGAGAGUGAAGCAAGACGAUGGUGGAAAAUCCACCGACCUGAAUGGUCGGCAGAAGACCGAGAGUUCUGGCCUUCAAAACGCACAGAAUAAGAAAGACCGGAAAAGUGGGGAUGGCAGCGCCAGCUGCCAAGCUGGAAACAACAAGCAGCAACCUUUGGAGACAAAACAUUGUGAAUUCCCCUCAUACCUGCUGGGUGGCAAGUCUGGAAGUCUGAAGAACUUUGUGAUUCCAAAAUUAAAACGGGAUGUGAAAGAUCUCCAACUUCCAGACAAACUGAUUGAGAGCUGGACCGAACCCUUAGUCCGGCUGGAGAGGCUGUCGCUGAUAAAGGACUUGAACAAAGGCACUAAGCCCGUCGUCGUGCUCAACAAACUCAACCUCGACGAGGUAAAAAGGAUCAUUAAGGAAAGCAGGAACACAAACAGCACCAGAUUCCUCGACAAAUCGGGGAGAGAAAACAAGCGAAAACACAGUGUGGUCAGUAAGAAAAGCAAGUACGCUGAGUUGGAGGAAGACAGCGAUGACUCUGAUGAUAACGACGAUGGCGAUAACUCUGACAAUGAAUCUCCAAAGAAACGCUACAAGAAAGAUCACGACAAGUCCUGGAAACACGAAGAGAGGAAGGGUACUGGGCAGCACCGGAGCGGUGGGUCGCACGGCGCUCGCCGGGGGUCCGGCAGCGGUCACCGCGAAAAGAGUCCAGAUGGUUCAGACCAAGACUCUCCAGCACCAAGCUUGCGUGACAUUGCCAGAAAAUUGAAGAAAAAGGAGAAACAAAAAACCAAGAAAGCGUACGAUUCCAAGCUGACACCAGAGGAAAAGUUGGACUCCUCCACAUUUAAGAGAUUCACGGCCAACAUGGACAGCAUUAUCGAGAGCCUCGAGGACGUAGACCUCACCGCUGCAGAUGAUGAUGAGAUACCGGAGGAGCUCUUGCUCGGAAAGCACCAAUUGAACGAGCUAGGCAACGACUCUGCUAAGAUCAAAGCAAUGUGCAUCUUUAACAAGUGUUCGACUAAGAAACUGGUGAAAAUGUUGAAUAUCCUCGAGAAGAACAUCCAGGACAGCGUCAAACUUUCCACACUAAUGAAUCAUGAAAAUGAUUCAAUGGACGAGGAGCGGUUGUGGCGUGACCUCAUCAUGGAGCGGGUUGCUAAGUCUGCCGAUGCCUGUUUGACUGCACUCAACAUCAUGACAUCGCCACACAUGCCCAAGGCAGUUUAUAUAGAAGAUGUGAUCGAGAGGGUGCUGCAGUACACAAAGUUCCAUCUGCAAAAUUCUUUAUACCCUCAGUAUGACCCAGUCUACAGAAAAGGUGGCAUGCAUACUUCAAAGUCCAAGAGAGCAAAGAUUUCCACCCACAAACAGAAGGUGGUAGUGAUGCUCUACGACAAAGUCUGUGAUAUUGUGAGCAAUAUUUCGGAGCUUCUGGAAAUCCAGCUGCUAACUGACACCACUAUUCUCCAGGUGUCCACUCUGGGCAUUACACCUUUCUUUGUGGAGAAUGUCAGCGAACUGCAGUUAUGUGCCAUCACACUUGUGACCGCAGUGUUCUCCCGUUACGAGAAGCACAGGCAGCUCAUUCUUGAAGAGAUCUUCACCUCCUUAGCUAGACUGCCUACUAGCAAGCGCAGCCUUAGGAACUUUAGACUAAACAAUGAUUCGGAUGAGGAGCCUUUGCAUAUCCAGAUGGUCACAGCGCUGGUUCUUCAGCUCAUCCAGUGUGUGGUUCGCCUCCCCUCAGAGAGGGACGCAGAAGGUGAACAUAAUAAGAAGGUGGAUAAAGAUGUUUUUAUCACAAACUCCUAUGAAACGGCCAUGAGGACGGCUCAGAACUUCCUGUCUGUGUUUCUCAAGAAGUGUGGCAGCAAGCAAGGCGAGGAUGACUACAGGCCUCUGUUUGAGAACUUUGUCCAUGACCUGCUGUCUGCAGUCAACCGGCCUGAGUGGCCUGCAGCUGAACUGCUGCUCAGUUUACUGGGCCGGCUGCUGGUGCACCAGUUCAGUAACAAGCACACCGAAAUGGCACUCAGGGUGGCAUCGCUGGACUACCUCGGCACUGUCGCUUCUAGCCUGCGCAAAGAUGCCGUCAAUAGCAACGUGGACCAAAAAGCCAUCGACCGCAUUCUCAGAGAGACUCAAGGCAGUGAUGAGAUCCCGAAACUCCAGAAGGCUUUGCUGGACUACAUACAUGAGCACAUGGAGACCGAUCCAGCUCUAGUGUUUGCCAGGAAGUUUUAUAUUGCUCAGUGGUUCAGGGACACUAUCACCGAGGCAGACAAAGCGGUAAAGUCUCAGAAUGACGAUGAGGACCUCAGACACCAAUCCAUGGAUGUUGAUUCAACUGAGGAGAUUGUACAACGGGCCGAGACGCGGAAGAAGUUCCUCCGCAAGGUUAUGAAGACCUCACCAUCAGAUUGGAGUUCUUUCAGUAUAAACUCUGACACCGUAGCCUAUGAGGACUCCUGCCUGAUCGUCAGAUAUCUGGCCUCCAUGAGGCCGUUCUCACAGAGCUUUGAUAUUUAUUUAUCACAGAUUCUGAGAGUGCUGGGGGAGAGUGCCAUCGCAGUCCGAACUAAAGCCAUGAAGUGUCUGUCUGAAGUAGUAGCCGUGGAUCCAAGUAUUCUUGCUCGGUUGGAUAUGCAGCGUGGAGUUCACUGUCGCCUCAUGGAUAACUCCACCAGUGUGCGAGAGGCCGCCGUGGAGCUGCUCGGCCGCUUUGUGCUCAGUCGACCGCAGCUCAUUGAGCAGUACUACGACAUGCUCAUUGAAAGGAUAUUGGACACCGGUAUCAGUGUGAGGAAGAGGGUCAUUAAGAUCUUGAGGGAUAUUUGCCUUGAGCUGCCGGACUUCCAUAAGAUCACCGAGAUGUGUGUCAGGAUGAUCCGGAGGGUCAACGACGAAGAGGGGAUCAAGAAAUUGGUGAAUGAGACGUUCCAGAAAAUCUGGUUCACUCCCACGCCGAGUCAUGACAAAAAUGCCAUGACCCGGAAGAUCCUGAACAUCACGGAUGUGGUCUCUGCAUGUAAAGAUACAGGCUACGAUUGGUUUGAGCAGCUUCUACAAAAUCUACUGAAGUCCGAAGAGCAAGCUUCGUACAAACCCGCCAAGAAAGCCUGCGUUCAGUUAGUGGACAAUCUAGUGGAACACAUACUGAAAUCUGAGGAGUCUAUCGCAGACUGUGAGGACAAAGGGGUCAUCUCGGGUCGUCUGGUAGCCUGCAUCACCACGCUCUACCUGUUCACCAAGAUCAGAGCACAGUUAAUGGUCAAACAUGCCAUGACCCUGCAGCCCUACUUGACCACCAAGUGCAACACUCAGAAUGACUUUGUGGUGAUAUGUAACGUGGCGAAGAUCUUGGAGCUGGUGGUGCCUCUGAUGGAACAACCGAGUGAGAACUUCCUCACUACCAUAGAAGAAGACCUGAUGAAGCUCAUUAUCAAAUACGGCAUGACGGUCGUGCAGCACUCUGUAAGCUGUCUCGGUGCUGUUGUCAACAAGGUCACACACAACUACAAGUUUGUCUGGGCUUGUUUCAACCGCUACUAUGGAGCGCUGGCAAAACUGAAGACACAGCACCAGGAGGACGCCAACAGCUUGACUCUGGCUGCGAACAAACCUACUCUCCUGCGCGCACUCUUCACUGUGGGGGCUCUCUGCCGACACUUUGAUUUUGACCAAGAGGAGUUCAAGGGUGCUAACAAGAUUGUCAUCAAGGAUAAAGUGCUGGAGCUUCUGUUGUACUUCACCACUCACGAGGAUGAAGAGGUCCAGAUCAAGGCCCUCACGGGUCUAGGCUUCCAGUUCAUCAUGCAUCCAGAAGUCAUGUUUGUGCAGGAUGUGAAGGUUCUAUAUAACAAUACGCUGUCAGAUGAAACCAGUUUAGUCACUCUAAAGAUCCAGGUACUGAAAAACCUGCAGACAUACCUGUCAGAGGAGGACUCUCGAAUGCAGGUGGCCGAUCGCGAAUGGAAGAAUCAAGCUAAGCAGGAAGAUCUGAAGGAGAUGGGGGACAUCUCAUCAGGCAUGAGCAGCUCCAUAAUGCAGAUUUACCUGAAGCAGGUGCUCGAGUCCUUUUUCCACUCCCAGUCCACUGUUCGGCACUUUGCCCUGAGUGUCAUCAUACUGACUCUCAGCCAGGGCCUCGUCCACCCUGUUCAGUGUGUGCCCUACCUGAUAGCAAUGGGAACAGACCCUGAGCCAACCAUGAAGAACAAGGCGGAUCAACAAUUGGCAGAGAUCGACAAGAAAUAUUGCGGCUUCAUCCACAUGAAGGCUGUGGCAGGGUUGAAGAUGUCUUAUCAGGUGCAACAGGCAAUAAAUGGAUCCAAAGGCGCAGUGAUUCGAGGUUUUCGCCACGAUGACUCGGACUCUUCCCUCUGCUCUCAUCUCUACACUCUGGUCCGAGGGAAUCGACAACACAGGCGGGCUUUCCUCAUUUCCCUGCUCAACCUGUUUGACGACAGCUCCAAAACUGAGGUGAACAGGCUGCUGUUCAUAGCCGACAACUUGGCCUACUUCCCCUACCAGACCCAGGAGGAGCCACUUUUUAUCAUGCACCAUGUGGAUAUUACUCUGUCUGUAUCUGGUAGCAACCUGCUCCAGUCGUUCAAGGAGUCUUUACAGAAAGGAUCCGUACAAAAGGAAAAGAAGACAACGAUGACGAAGAAGUUGAUGAAGACAAAGAAGAAAAAGAAGAAGAAGAAGAAGGAGAAGAAGCCUCAGAGAAGAAAAAACAGCUCUGAUGACGACGACGAAAUUGAAUACGAAGAAGAGGACAAUGAGCAGAGCAGCAGCACAUCUAGCAGCAGUGACGAGGAGGAGGAAGAGGUGGUUCACAGCCAAAAGAAACUGGCACUCUUUGACUCAGACGGCGACGAGGACGAGGAUGCAGUGAUGGACCGUCUGCCUGAAAAUCCCAACCCUCUGCUGGACUUUGCCAGUGCGUCACAGGGAAUUCUGCUGCUGCUGGUUCUAAAGCAACAUCUGAAGAAUCUGUACGGCUUCUCGGACAGCAAAAUCCAGAAGUAUUCCCCGACAGAGUCCGCCAAGGUGUACGACAAGGCAGUGAACAGGAAAUCUAAGGUGCACUUCAACCCUCGCCAGACACUGGAGUACCUGAAGAGGGACCUCGACAACGCAGAUCUCAGCAUCGAGAUCAAAAGGAAUAUCGUGAAACAAUAUUUGGACUUCAAGGUACUGAUGGAACACUUGGAUCGCGACGAAGAGGACGAGGAGGGUGAAGCAAGUGCCAAUGCCAGAAACAAAGCCAUUACUGCACUGCUGAAGGUCCCAAAAUCUUCCAACCAGAACCACACUAAAAAUGAACCCGUUCCCGUGGAGACAGAUGAGGAGGAGAGUGAGGAAGAAGAGGCUCCUGUGCGGAAGCCAAAAAAAGGGGUGGAGUCCGCAGAGGACACAGGUCACAUGAACGAGAGAGUGAAGGCCAUGGACAUCAUUGCCAUCUGGUGUCCCAAAUACAAAGACAGACCGCAGAUUGCCAGGGUCAUCCAGAGGAUCAAAACUGGCUACAGUAUACACUGGAUGACUGGAUCUUACUCUGGCUCGUGGACCGAGGUAAAGAAACGGGAAGGUCGCAAAAAGGUUCCCUGGGUUGACAACAUCAAGGAGUCAGACAUCAUUUACAAGAAAAUAUCUUUGUCAAGUGGACACAAGCUGACGAACAAAGUGGCAGAGACGUUACGGGCGCUAUACGCUGCCAAGGACGGGGACUAAGCGUUAAUCAACUGAAAUAACUCAAAUCUGCGUGGAUCCAAUGUGUUUCAGAGAGAAAGCUUUUUAGAUUUACGGACCAGAUGGAGGGAAAGUAUUGCGAACAAUGAUCUGUUUGAAUACAGACAUGUUUAAGUUUUAACACAUGAAAAACACAAGAAGGAAAUGUUUUGGAAAACAUUAUGUGGGAGUUCCUUCGCUGUUGUGCAGCAACUUUGUUGUUUGAUUUUUACUCCCACUGUAUAAUAGUUUAACUAAACACAUGUUUAUAUCUGAACAUAAUUCUGUAAAAAAAAACUGAAUGUUGGAAGUUAGUGUAUUGAUGAUGUUCUUAAUAAAGUGUUUUUGGAGUUUAAACUAGCAUCAGAUGGAUUUAUUCACUUUGUCUGAGCUCCAACAACUUUUUAAAUCUGUUUUUAUUUCUUGUUUUGACCAUUCUGUUGUUUACCCACACUGUGUAACGGAGUAUCUUUGAUAUAAUUUAUUUAUGUUAAGAGCAGUGCAGUAUCUGUGCCUAUAUGCAGGGGAAGUUAUAUUGUUUUUAAUAUAGAUUUUGAUGUUAUAGACACAGGGCAAGAAAAAAGUGACUCCCAUCUCAACCCUCCCCCGCUCUUCUUGUGGAACAAAAUACUGCAAUAAAUAUUUCUUAUGUCUUUGUUA